UGCGAGCUAUAUAUAUGCGGCAUGUUAUGUCGAUUGUUCAUGGAGUAGGCCAGAUUCGGCGCUAAAUUCCCUCACAAGUUGUUCCGUAUCUCGACAGUAUGUGCAGAGGUGAGAUUAGACAUUAAGGUGCAAAGCAGUGAAGAGUGAAACAGCUUUAAGAUCUUAGCUAGAACUGACAUUGAUUAGGCUUACGACUGCAGACAUAUCAAGACACCACGUUCGGUUGCAGGUACGUUAUUCAUCGCGUAGGGAGGUUAUUGUAUGUUCUGUCGAAAAAAACCCAGAAGCAACAACUAUAUGACCUCAACACUUGUAAUAAUAAUGCAGCAAUCUUAAGUGGAGUGUGUUUUUGUUUCUGAUGCAACAGUCUUGGUGUUUCGUUUCAAAUCAACCAGAAAAGGGUGUUUAAAGUUUUACAAGACUUAUGAUAGACGCAUUGUGACUUAUACUAAGUGAAGUGUACGCGAAACAUAUUGCUGAUAAAAAAAAAAUAGUAAGAAGCGGGGAUUAUCCUGUACAUUGCCAAAUUAGCCAAAUGCUAAUUUUUAAACAAAGUGGCUACACAAUUUAGUCUUUGGCUAACAAAAUGUUAAAUUAGCCUCUUUUUUUAUAAUUUUCAAGGAACUCUGAAAAUUGGCUGCAAUAAAAUUGGUUCCAGUGUGUUUGUUUCAGAAGAAGAAAAGAUGGGUUAUGGUACAGCAAGAUUCGUGGGACCGGUGGAUCCUAAUCUUAUCUGUGGGAUAUGCAGCAGUGUUUUAGAGGACGCAGUGCUCACGACGUGCGGACACAGUUUCUGUUCCCCCUGUCUGGAGACGUGGCUCUCUCGUCCCAGCACAGAUACCUGCCCUGAGUGCCGCUCCGUGGUGAACCCGAACGAAGCAAAACCCAUCCAUUCGCUGCGUAACCUCAUCAACGGGUUCCAGGUGGAGUGCGACAACACGGAACGCGGCUGUAAAGUCCUGGUGAAGCUGGAGAGGCUGCAGUCCCAUCUGGAAGUGUGUCCCUACUUUCCAGUGAUCUGCGCGGGUUGUGGCGACACGGUCAACAGGUUCGAGCUGGCAGGACACCAGAUCCAGUGUCGUGCGAUUGCUGCCUCAGUGGAGGACGAACAUCAACAGCAGGAUGAGGAUGAGGAUCUGUUCUGGUUGCGGCGUCGAAGGACCUUCAGGGGCAGCGACAGCAUGGCGGAUGCUGACAUGGCGGAGCUGGUGUACAGGAUCAAUUGCCUGGAGAUGCACGUGAACACUUUCAGACGGGAGCUGCACGUCACUGACGCCAGGAACCAGUUUCUCGACAGGGAGUACCAGAAGGCCAAGAAGGAUCUGGCGGAGAAACAGCAAGAGGUCCAGGAGCUGCAGUUCUCCGAGUUCGACCCCAAGUACGACUACGGCCACACCCCUCAAAGUAUAGCUCGUCUGUCGCUGCUUGUUGCAAGGUUUCUCCUCAAGAAACCCAGCUAUGUCGACAGCAAUCGGAUAUUUCUAGCCAUUAAGAAGUGUUAUGAGCAGUAUUUUCGAAGCGGGACGGAAUUCGAGCAUGACGUACACAUGCUCUUGGCUACCUCCUAUGCCAGCAACUGGUUCAAUCCUAGUCAGCGGCUUAGCAUCAACUGCUGGCUGCACUGCAUAGCUAGAUACAGAGAGGAGACGAGAUGUGUAGGAUCCUUGCACCGUGUUGGCUCUUGAUCAUACUGGAAACUUAAGUGUUUUAAUAUUUAUUUCAACAGGAUGAGUGUUUAUAGACCUUGUUAUUUCAGUAGGGCAUUAUUUGACCAGAGUGUCGAUUCACAUAAAAACUUCACCGAACAACCUUCACCAUAGUUUAAUAAUCUAGUGUGAACGUCAGAUUGACUUUUCAUCCAAUUCACCAAUGGAGCAACGUAUCAUGGAGAAAAUGACAAUUGUAUACAUUUACAUUGGAAACUUCAAAAUUUCACACUUCACAAUUUCAACAUCUCGUUUUAUGGGAUGGUUACACGUGAUUUUGUUAAUUAACUGCAAUCUUCUUAUGUAGUAUAGUUUGAUUUGCUAGCAUACUCUUUUUCUAUUUAUUAUGAUAAAACGUAUAUUAUUUUGUUGGUAAUUUCGUCUCACAAAAUUCAUGUCUGUAUAAUUAUUCAUGCAUUUGAUUUACUGGUGCUUAACCCAAAUGAACCAUUUGGACCAAUUAAAGCCAGAAUUAACAGUUUAGUGGAAAAACCUACAAGUGAACGGGUUAACCAUGUAUAACAUGACACCACAUUGUUUUAAGGUAAGAAUGGUGAAUAAAGGUUCUUCUGCGCAUUGUAUUGUCCAGUAGAUUCUCUUAGGCCAUAGGUCUCCCCCGGCUUUUGAGGUUUCUAAUUAUAAUAACAAGUGUACCGGCCUCGGUGAAGUUGUCGUUAAGCCAUCGGACAUGAGGUUGGUAGGUACUCGAUUCGCAGCACGGUAUCGGCUCCCACCCAGAGCGAGUUUUAACAACUCAACGGGUAGGUGUAAGACCAUUACACCCUCUUCUCUCUCACUAACAACUAACCCACUGUCCUGGACAGACUGCCCAGAUAGCUGAGGUGUGUGCCUAGGACAGCGUGCUUGAACCUUAAUUGGAUAUAAGCACGAAAAUAAAUUGAAAUGAAAUAACAAGUGCCAAAAAUAUCAGCAAUUGUCAAAACUGGAAACCCCCUCCCCAAUUUGAAGUCGAUUCUCAAGCCAAGAGGGCCUCUUAUUUACCCCCCCCCCCCCCCCCCCACACACACACACACACGUCAUCAUCAUCAUACACACACGCGCUGUUCGAUUGUCCUCUGUGCAUAGUUAAUUGAAGGUACUCAGUGAUAGCAAAAUGUGACCGGCAACAAAAAGCAUUCCUAAAUAACAGUGUUAUGUGGAAAUGAUGAUCUGGCAAAGGUGAUUUCUUUCAUUGUUAGAUCCCCUGUGGUCGGUCAUUAGGUUGUAUAGUCAGUCAUUCCGAGACACGGCGAGGGAACUGGUCAAGCGUUAGGACAGAUUACGAAUAGCUGGCUAACCGUGAACGUUAAGCCACUUUAUUGUACUUGUACCGGUCAUCACCUGGACAAAAACUCUCUUAUCACCUGGACAGUAAUUCUCAGGUAACACAGUAUGAUAACAACACUUUUGGUUUGGAGAAUAUUUGACCAUUAUGUUGUCUCUGUUGCUACCAGUGGUAAAGCGCUCGCUUGAUGCGCGAUAGUUUUGGGAUCGAUCCCAGUUGGUGGGCCCAUUGGGCUAUUUCUCGUUCCAGCCAGUGCUCCAUAACUGGUGUAACAAAGGCUGU